AUGACUUCCACGGUUCUCGUUACCGGCGCCAGCGGCUUUCUGGGGCGCCAGCUGUUUAACAUUUUCCAGCGCUCGGGGGUCCUAGUGGUCGGACAGGGUCUCACGCGUGCUGCCCCGCCGACCAUCCUCAAGGCGAAUCUGGAAAAGGCAGAAGACAUUAAAGCUCUCCUGGACGAUGUCAAGCCCCAGAUUGUCAUCCACAGCGCGGCAAACCGAUUCCCGGACCUGUGCGAGAAAGAUCCCGAGCAAGCACGCAAGGUCAACGUUGACGCGACUCGCGCCCUUGCCGAAGAAUGUCAGGCCCGCGGGGCAUUCCUCAUCUACAUCUCGACCGACUACGUUUUUUCCGGCAAGGAGGGUGAAGCUCCCUAUGAGGCUGAUGCCGAGACCAACCCACCAAACAUCUAUGGUGAAUUGAAGCGCGAUGGUGAAUUGGCCGUCCUGGAGGCCACCAAGGACUCGGGACUCGGCGUGGUGCUGCGCGUGCCGGUGCUGUACGGGGCUGCCAAGCAAAACUCCGAGAGCGCGGUCAAUAUCCUGCUGGACGCGGUCGAGAAGGCGCAGGAUGAGAAUGCCGGCGUGAAGAUGGAUGACUGGGCCCAGCGAUAUCCCACCAACACCGAAGAUGUGGCCCGCGUGACCCGGGACAUUGUCAUCAAGUAUCUGCAGCAGAAGGACCAAAUCCAGGAGCUGCCGCACAUCCUGCAAUUCACCUCAGAGGACCGCAUGACGAAGUAUGAAAUCUGCGAGAAGCUGGCCGAGGUGAUGGGCUGGGGCCUACCGGGGAUGAUCCGGAACAAGCAGGGCAAUGAGCCCGGAGGUGUCCAGCGGCCCUACGAUACCCACUUGUCCACCAAGGCACUGGUGGACUUGGGCAUUGACGUGCGGACUAUGGACUUUGUUGCCUGGUGGUAA